CACACGACCGUCACCUACUCCCCGGCCCUCCACGCGACCGUCCACCCCGCGUCGUCUCCGGCCACCGCCGCCCGCGGAAACCCUACACCCCGCCCGCCAUGGCGGAUCCGCCGUCCGUGGCCGCCAUCGCCUCGCCGCAGCCCGACCAGCUCGGCGGCUCAGCCUCCGCCCCGCAAAACUCCAACCCUAACUCCCUCCUGUCCCCCCAAAUCCCCCCCUCCCCCACCGUCUCCGACCUCUCCGUCAUCUCCUCCCCGCAGCUCGAUCCAGCCGCGGCAGCUGCGGGAGGAGGGUCCGCGGACUUCCCGCCUCGUCCGCAGCAGUUGCAGGCGCCUUCGCCCACGCAGGCAGUGGCCGGCGCCGGAGGCUACGGCCAGAUCCAGCGCUCGGGUUCGGCUUCCCGCCUCGCCGCUGCCAGCCAGCUUCCACAAUACUCCGCGGCAACGGCUAGGAUGUACGGAGGGCAGAUGAGCUUCUCAGGUGGCGGAGCGCAGCUGGGGCAGCAGCAGCAGCAGCAGCUAGCGGCCCGCGCGGCAAUGCUUGGUCAGGGGCAGCUCGGGAUGAUGCAAGGGCAGGGCAGCGCGGCUUCUGCUGCACACUACGGGCUCCAGUCACAGAUGAUGGCACAGCCAAGGCAAAAAGGCAUGGUACAAGGUGCACAAUUUAAUACUGCCAACGCAGCUCAAGCGUUGCAAGGGAUGCAAUCCAUGGGAGUCAUGGGUACUUUGGGGAUGAACCAGAUGAGACCAAAUGGAACUAUUCCAUAUGCUCAACAACGCUUUGCCCAGGCCCAAAUGAGGCCGCAGCAAGCGUCGCAGCAAGCUGCACUAUCUCCGCAGAAGGGGGUUGCUCAAGGCUUGUCGAGAACAGCAUCGAUCACAGGAUUAAACUCACAACUGCCUGGAGUGUCACAAAAUGGGCAGAUGAUGCAAAUGUCACCUUCGCAACAACAGCAGCAGUGGUUGAAGCAAAUGCAAUCAUCUUUGGCCUCGCCAUCUCAACAUCAAAUUCAGCAGCAGCACAGGAUGCUAUUGAUGCAACAACUUCAGAAAACAGGACUGACUCCACACCAGAUUGCACAAGCCCAACAACAGCAUCCACCACAUCUCAAUGCCCAGCAGUUGAUGCAACAGCAGCACAUUAUGCAGCAGCUUCAGCAGCAGCAACAGCAACAAUCUCCAAGGAUGUCAGCAUCUGGCUCCCAGAAGUCUGCAAACUUGACAGGAUCACAGCCGGGCACGCCUUUGUCAGGGGGGACUAUGGCUGGUGGAAGUGGAAGUCAAGGAGCAGAAGGAACUAACCAACUUCUUGGGAAGAGAAAAAUACAAGACUUGGUUGCACAGGUGGAUCCCCUCGGCAAACUUGAUCCAGAAGUGGAAGAUUUGGUUUUAGAGAUUGCUGAUGACUUCAUUGAAUCGGUGACUGCAUUUGCGUGUACCCUGGCAAAGCACAGGAAGUCAUCCGUUCUGGAAGCCAAGGAUGUGUUGCUGCACUUACAGAGAAAUUGGCAUCUGACAGUUCCUGGUUUUUCCAAGGAAGACAAGAAUCCACAGAGAAAUUAUGUAAAGGCAGUAGUGGAUCCCCAACAGCCAGAGUGUGACGCUGCUGGAGUUAGAAGCGCAAGCAAUAAAUUAGUUGCUAAUAAUUCAAUUGCCAACCAUCAGACAAGAGGUCCGGUUGCAGAUCCUUCACCAACAUCUACAGUGGGUCCUCUGUCAAAAGUUCCCCGUUUCUGAGCUCUGUGCUGUUCCCCUCGGUGGAAGGCUCUAGGACAUACAACUCACCAAUGGUCUAACUCAAGGGACGGAAGCACAGUGGAUAUACGAGCAUCUGCGGACAAAACGAUGGCCGAUCGUUUACCUGUCCAAACCGGAUGCUUGUCUCAAAGUCGAAGGAAAAAAAAAACAGUUGCUAGCUGACUGGGUCAUUCGCAACGGGCAAUUGCAUGAGUCGCCUGUAACCUUGUUAUCCAUGAAUCUUUGUAGCUCCCCCUCUUCGUUGUACAUAGCGUUUUGCAAACGGGGCAGCCCCUUCUUUUUCCGUUUUGAAAAAGCUUUUAUGCAGACAUGGAGGCUAUACAUAUAUAUAUUCGUGUGCUAUGC